AUGCCUCUGGUGUCGUUCGCCCCUCCCUCGCUGUGCCUCACCUUCCUCCCCCGGCUGUUCCGCCUCCUGCCGUCCCUCCCCCCACCGGUCCGAGACCUGGAGGUCCCCCCUGUGUUCCGGCGGCCCUUCAUCCCGUCGGGUUACCGUCCACCGGGUCUGCCGCUGCGCUGCUACGUCCUCAGCCUCUUCCAGAUCCACAAUGAGACGCUCAACGUGUGGAGCCACCUGCUGGCCGCCGUCUGCGUGGCGCUGAGGUUGGCCGUGUUUACCGUCCUGCGAGGAGGGGGGGUUCUGGGGUUUCGGCUUCAGGGUCCUGAAGGUCAGGGCUUCUCGGUGGACGCCGCCUCGCUGCCGCUGGUCCUCUACUCGUUCUCUGCCGUCGCAUAUCUGAGCUUCAGCGCCGCAGCUCACCUGCUGCAUUCCCGCUCGGAGCAGCUGCACCACUCGCUCUUCUUCCUGGACUACGUCGGCGUCGCCGUCCACCAGUACGGCUGCUCUCUGGCUCUGAGCCUGUACAGCGCCGACGCCACCUGGACGCAAAGCAUGCUGGGAAAGGUGUUCCUCCCAGGCUCCGCCCUCCUUUCCUGGUCCUCCUGCGCCGCCUGUUGCUACGCUAAGCUUCGCUCCCACCGGCUGACUCCUCUGAACAGGAAGUUCUUCCUGGUUCCGACCGGGGCCGCCUCCCUGCUGAACAUCGGCCUGGUGGUCCGGCGCCUCGAGGCCCAGCGCUGGAGCAGCAGCCCUGCACCGCUGCUGCACCUCCUGCAGGUGGCGCUGUUCCUGCCGUCCUCCUUCUUCUUCUGCUGUCCCGUACCUGAGCGCUUUGCUCCCGGACGCUUCGACAUCAUUGGCCACGCCCACCAGCUGCUCCACCUCCUGUCGGCGCUGCGCACGCUGCUCCAGCAGGAGGCGCUGUUCCACGACUUCCUGUGGCGACGGCCGGCGCUGCUCAGACAGUUCGGGGAAGAGCGCCUCCUGCUGGCCUGCAGCUCCUUCUGCUGCCUGACGCUCUGCUGCGCCGCGACGGCGGCUAGCGUCCAGAGGAGGGCGCAGCUGAGGAGGGAGCAGAGAUAG